GCUCCGCGCCCGGAGCCCUCCCUCCUCCAGCCCACCCCUCCUCCCGUCAUCCGGGCACAGCUCUGGGGAGAGCGAGCGCGAGGCUCUGGAGUGGCCACUACGCAGGGGCACGCGAAGGCGGGGACAAGGAGGGGGGCGAGGGGGGUAUAAGAGUGGCCGCUGCGACGCUGCCGGAGGAGCCGCUUUCCAGCCUCUGCCGCCUGAAGCAGAGACCUGGGCGCUGGCAUCCCGGGAGGGCGGCCCUGAGGAGGAGAAACAGGGGUCUCCUCCCCCCCCGUCCCCGCGGUCCCGGGACGCAACCCGCGAAGGCUGCCUGGAGGAGGAGGGUGCCGGGGCCAUGGCCAGCGAGGCGACGUUGGGCCCCAACGCGACCUGGUGGGCUCCGUCCAACACUUCGGGAUGCCCAGGCUGCGGUGCCAACGCCUCGGACGGCCCGGGCUCGGCGCCAAGGCCCCUGGAUGCCUGGCUGGUCCCCCUGUUCUUCGCUGUGCUCAUGGUGCUCGGGCUGGUGGGCAACUCGCUGGUCAUCUACGUCGUCUGCCGCCACAAGCACAUGCGGACGGUGACCAACUUCUACAUCGCCAACCUGGCGGCCACAGAUGUCACCUUCCUGCUGUGCUGCGUGCCCUUCACGGCGCUCCUCUACCCGCUGCCCGCCUGGGUGCUGGGAGACUUCAUGUGCAAAUUCGUCAACUACAUCCAGCAGGUCUCGGUGCAAGCCACGUGCGCCACGCUGACGGCCAUGAGCGUGGACCGCUGGUACGUGACGGUGUUCCCGCUGCGCGCCCUGCACCGCCGCACCCCGCGCCUGGCCCUGGCGGUCAGCCUCAGCAUCUGGGUAGGCUCUGCAGCCGUGUCCGCCCCGGUGCUGGCCCUGCACCGCCUGUCGCCCGGGCCACGCACCUACUGCAGCGAGGCGUUCCCCAGCCGUGCCCUGGAGCGCGCCUUCGCGCUCUACAACCUGCUGGCCCUGUACCUGCUGCCGCUGCUCGCCACCUGCGCCUGCUACGGCGCCAUGCUGCGCCACCUGGGCCGCGCCGCCGUGCGCCCCGCGCCCACCGACGGCGCCCUGCAGGGUCAGCUGCUGGCGCAGCGCGCCGGAGCGGUGCGCACCAGGGUCUCCCGGCUGGUGGCCGCGGUGGUCCUGCUCUUCGCCGCCUGCUGGGGCCCCAUCCAGCUGUUCCUGGUGCUCCAGGCCCUGGGCCCCGCGGGCGCCUGGCACCCUCGCAGCUACGCUGCCUACGCGCUCAAGAUCUGGGCCCACUGCAUGUCCUACAGCAACUCUGCGCUCAACCCGCUGCUCUACGCCUUCCUGGGCUCGCACUUCCGGCAGGCCUUCUGCCGCGCGUGCCCCUGCGGCCCGCGACGCCGGCCAAGGCCCAGCGCGCCUCCGCCCUCGGCCCGGGCCGCAACCCGCGCCGCUCCGCACAGCCUGGCCGCGCGCGCCGCCCCGGCCAGCACCCCCGGACCCCGGAACCCUGCGGCGCGCUCCGUGUGAGCCGCCCCGGCCCCUAAUCAGCCCAGGCCGCUCGGGCUCGGGAGACCCAGCGGUUAAUAGUUUAGUUCAUCUGUGUAAAGGGCCUUCUCUUCUUCAGUUCGGCCCCGGUGGCCAGGUUGUGAUAAUUCUGUCUGUGCUCCGUGAUGUUUGAAGGUUAAGGUUCCCACUUUCUGCAUCUACUUUUUCUUUUCUGGUGCUGGGAACCGAACCCAGUACUUUGUGCUUAUUAGGCAAAUGAUGGACUACUAAACCAAAUGCCCAACCUCUCAUUUUUCUUUCUUCCUUACGCCUUGUGUUUUUUUGAACCAGAGUCUCAUGUAGCCCAGGCUGGUCUCCAACUCUACGUAGCUGAGGCUGACCCUAUUGCUAUGGCCCCGGGACCUAAGCCACCAA